AAAAUGUAUGCUGUUCUCGAAUAUAUUGAAACUAAAGAGAUAGAUUUUCUGCCAAUCAAGUGGAUGGUUGAUAGACUCAACUGGGAUGUUAAAAAUCUAAUCAAAAAUAAAACUGUAUUAAAUUUUUACUAUCCACCAGUAAAAUCAGCAAACAAAGUGUUAAAUGCCAAAAAAAUAUGCAGUAACCCAGAAGAACACUGGCUUUUAUACAAAGUACGAAUUCUGGGAACUGCAAACACUCUUAAAAGCGCAAAAGAAAAAACAAAACAGGCUGAAGAGACAUCCAAUGUUGAUUAUGAUACAGAUGAUUCUAGUGAUUAUAGAGAUAUGGAAACACGGAAAAUUAGAAAAAGAAAAUAUUCUUUCACCUAUGAAAGUGAUGUUGAUGAUGAUCAAGUUGAAGACUUUAUUCAAGAAAGCGUAUUAACAGGAAAUACAAACAGCUGUGUUAUUACAAAACCAACACCACCUGAACAUUUGAGGGCAAUACAAUCAAGCUCACAUAUGUCUCAGGUUAAAAUCAAAGAAAAUGUCUCAAUAUCUAAAUAUCUCAACAAUGCACAAUCCAAACCAUCCGAGAGCCAGUCUGGUGUAUUACAACCGGAUGUUUUGUCAAGUCAAUUAAAAACUAUUGUUGAAACACCAGCGCAUGUGUUAACUUCGAUCAACUCAACUGUUCUUUUGGAGAGGUUAAUUAUAACGCUUGAAGAGAUAAAAGAAAAUCAAAAGACUCAUUCUGUAAUGUUACAGUCUAUAAUGAGACAAAUAAAUACACCUCAGAUGGAAAAAGAUAAUGAAUUGCCUAUAGGCAUUAACCUUCCCAUUUCCAGUAUUGAAGAUAUGAAUAAUUUGGAGGAGCAACUAAAAGAUCGAUCAAUCAAGAGAACAUUGACUUCUAUUGUGUCUAAUAUUGGUGGAAGCUCAUUGGAUGAUGCCAUCAAAAGAAUGAUGAAAUUUAUUCUGUCUAAUAAUCUUGGAAGACUGUGCAAUCUCUCUGGGCAGGCUGGAAAAGUAUGUUUUUCGAAACUGGAAAUAUUUGAAGUAGUCUGUGGUGCAGUUAAAAGAAAUGCAUUGACCGCUAAUGCUACCCAAAAGGAGAUUGAGAUCGAGUUGCGCAAAUGGUUUGCCAACGCCCGAGAUCGAGGUCAAGGCAACCGGAAAUCAAAAGUAUCUGUAUCAGAUAAUACUGAUUUGUUUUAAUCAGAAAUAUAGUUAAACUUAAAAAAUAUUAGACUGUUAAAUAAAAUUAAUUAAUAGA